AUGCUUUUGCACAUCUUUACAACAGGUCUGGCCAACAGGAACCAACCGCCCCGGAAUCGAGUACCGAACAGUCGUCUCAUCAACCUUUUGCACAUCCGUACAACAGGUCUGCUCGACCGGAACCGGCCGGCCCAGAAUCGAGUGCCGAACACUCAGCUCAUCACCCUUUUGCACAUCCGUACAACUGGUCUGCCCGACCAGAACCGGCCGGCCCAGAUUCGAGUGUCGGGCGUUCUUCGCAAUAUUCUUUUGCACAUCCGUACAACAGGUCUGGCCGACCGGAACCGGCCGGCCCGGAAUCGAGUACCGAACAGUCGUCUCAUCAACCUUUUGCACAUCCGUACAACAGGUCUGCCCGACCGGAACCUGCCGGCCCGGAAUCGAGUACCGAACAGUCGUCUCAUCAACCUUUUGCACAUCCGUACAACAGGUCUGCCCGACCGGAACCUGCCGGCCCGGAAUCGAGUACCGAACAGUCGUCUCAUCAACCUUUUGUACAUCCGUACAACAGGUCUGCCCGACCGGAACCGGCCGGCCCGGAAUCGAGUGUCGGACAGUCUUCACAAUAUUCUUUUGCACAUCCGUACAACAGGUCUGCCCGACCGGAACCGGUCGCCCCGGAUUCGAGUACCGAACAGUCGUCUCAUCAACCUUUUGCUCAUCCGUACAACCGGAACCGGUCGAGUAUUCCCGACAACAGGUCUGCCCGACCGGCCGGCCCCCGGAAUCGAGUACCGACCACUCGUCUCAUCAACCUUUUGCUCAUCCGUACAACAGGUCUGCCCGACCGGAACCGACCGGCCCGUAUACCGAACAGUUCUCUUCAACCGACCAGAUAUAACAGCUCUGCCCGACCAGAACCGGCCCGGCCCGAAUCGAGUGUCGGACAGUCUUCACAAUAUUCUUUUGCACAUCCGUACAACAGGUCUGCCCGACCGGAACCGGUCGCCCCGGAUUCGAAUACCGAACAGUCGUCUCAUCAACCUUUUGCUCAUCCGUACAACAGGUCUACCCGACCGGAACCGGCCGGCCCGGAAUCGAGUACCGAACAGUCGUCUCUUCAACCUUUUAUACAUCCAUAUAACAGCUCUGCCCGACCAGAACCGGCCGGCCCGGAAUCGAGUGUCGGACAGUCUUCACAAUAUUCUUUUGCACAUCCGUACAACAGGCCUACCCGACCGGAACCGGCCGGGCCGCAAUCGAGUGUCGGACAUUCUUCGCAAUAUUCUUUUGCACAUCCGUACAUCAGGUCUAACCGACCGGAACCGGCCGGCCCGGAAU